AUGUCUGCUAGUCUGUUGACCCCAUUUUUGAACUCCAAGUGUAUGCUCAGCAGAACGACCAUGAUCCCAUCGAUGUUGAGAAUGGCGUCCACUCCUAGUACCAGGAAUUCCAGCUGGUUUUCCAAGAUUAUCUACCCCUUUUCAAAGCCCAACCAGUCCAUAACCGAUUCUUAUAAACCCUCCAGUGCCAAUGGCAACCAGGCGUUCCUUCCGAUCCGCAGCGACAAUGAGCUGGAAGAUACUUUAAGGGCGAACAAUCGAACUCCGCUAAUUUUGAACUUCACCGUGAGAGGUAACGCCCAGUGCAAUGAGCUUACAGGCGCUUUGAACAGGAUUGUGCUGCUGGAAACCGACAAAAAAGUGAAUAUCGCAGACGUCGAGACCGACUACAUGGAGGUUCGAAACUCUAUGCUCAGAUAUGGCGUGAAGCACGUACCGACGUUGGUCGCAGUGCGUAAGACCUUUCUAGUCGACUCGUACGUUGAAGAUAACGGGAAACCGGUGAAUUGGCUAGAUUUGAAGAAGUGGAUCGAAAAAAACGCCGAUUAG